CUGAUCGAGAUGAUAAUGAUGUCUGAAACAGUUAAACUCGAAUCAAGCAAACGACUCGGCUCAAUGGAUCCUGAAAAGCAAGUUGCAGAGAAAAUUUAAUGGAGACAAGUCAACUCUCUUUGUCAUUGGCUUUCUUUCUUCUGGAAAGGUUCUCGUGAAGCCAACCCGUUCACACCCACCACCUGUUUGAUAUAAUUCCACACUGAGUUCUUUUCACAAUCUCAUAACCGAUUCUUCUACAAACAAAUUAAACCCCACACAGUCUCCCUCCUUGUCUUCUCUUUUACAGGCAAGCCAGCGACUUAUAUCAAAAGGGAAAACGAGGAGAUUGAAAUGAGUUCUUGUUUCUGUGUUUGGUCGAAAACAGAAAGCUCUGAACUUGACUGUAACAAGGUUGUAUCCGCUGCAACAGUCCUACAUAGCCCUCGGAGUCAAGCUGAGAUAUUAAAGUCACCGAAUUUGAAAUCGUUUAGUUUCAAUGUACUUAGAACAUCCACCAGAAACUUCCGUCCCGAUAGUGUAUUGGGAGAAGGUGGCUUCGGUUUAGUUUUCAAGGGUUGGAUAGAUGAACACUCGCUUUCAGCUGCUAAACCUGGAACUGGCACUGUUAUCGCUGUCAAACGAUUAAAUCAAGAAGGCGUUCAAGGUCACCAAGAAUGGUUGGCGGAAAUCAACUAUUUGGGGCAGCUACAUCAUCCAAAUCUUGUACAACUAAUCGGUUACUGCUUAGAGGAUGACCAAAGACUUCUUGUAUACGAGUUCAUGUCUCGAGGCAGCUUGGAAAACCAUCUUUUCAGAAGGAGUUCUUACUUUCAACCUCUCUCAUGGAACCUCCGAUUGAAGGUAGCUCUUGGUGCUGCGAAAGGGCUUGCAUACCUUCAUAGUCCAGAUGCAAAAGUUAUAUAUCGCGAUUUCAAAUGCUCCAAUAUCUUGAUUGAUUCUAACUACAACGCAAAACUUUCGGAUUUCGGGUUGGCAAAAGAUGGGCCAAUCGAUGGGAAAAGUCAUGUAUCUACAAGAGUCAUGGGGACUUACGGGUACGCAGCUCCAGAGUACAUGGCUACAGGUCACUUGACUGAGAGAAGCGAUAUCUACAGUUUUGGGGUGGUUCUUCUUGAAAUUUUGACGGGAAGACGAUGCAUAGACAAGAAUCGUCCAUCUAAUGAACAAAUACUCGUGGAUUUUGUUAAGCCUUAUUUGAUCAGCAAACGAAGGAUUCUUCAAAUCAUUGAUCAGCGGAUCGACGGUCAGUAUUCUUCCGAUGUGGCCAUGAGAGCUGCAAUUCUUGCAAUGAAGUGUCUUGCGAGAGAACCGAAGUACAGGCCGAGUGCUGCGGAGUUGGUGAAAGCGUUGGAACACCUUCAGGAAUUGCAGAAAGCGUCGGAGAAUUGUAGAAAAGAAUCGGUUCGGAAACAGACCGGCAACAAAAAUUCAGGUUGCCGGCGACCGGUGGGUUCUAAUGGAGCUCUGGAAAUGGGGGGUAAAGGCAUCCAUUAUCGUCUUGCAGAUCUUAAAUUUGAUUGUCACUGUUGCCACCGCCACCACCGUCCGCCACCAUAG